AUGGGAUACAAGGAGUACCAGGGCGUGCUCCAGCUCAAGGCACACAAAAUCGUGCUGCGGAAACCUACAAAAUCGUAUAAACGGUCUGUGAAGGGGUGCUUCAGCUGCAAACGCCGAAAGAUCAAAUGUGACGAAACGAAAGGAAAAUGUAUGAACUGUGUCCGCCGGGAUCUCGAAUGCCAGUAUCCAGAGAUGAAAUCUAGUGAAACGGAAGAGGAACAGAUUCAAGAUAUCGAUAUUGGCCCCCUGCAAUUAGCAACGCUCGUACCUCGCAACCACCUAUCCAUCCAGAUAGACAGCAUCUUCCUUGUGCAAUUUGCCCAGCGGUUUCUUCCCACUUUGGCACAGCCGCAUUUCAACCACAAGGUUCCCACGCAAAGCCUUGUUCAUUCCGUAGCCGAAAAGCUGGAUCUUUUGCGGCAAAUGUCCAUAGCUUGUGGAGCCUCACUAGUAGCCUUUGACGACCAGGCGUUCAGGGCGGUGGCUCAAAAACGGUAUGUUUCUGCCUUGUCGCUUUUCAUCAAAACCAUGAAAAACGGUGUUUUGGGCAGCGAAGAGUGGCUUUUUUUGGCCAUCCAGGUAUUGCAAACUCUCAGUCUUCGAGACCCCACUAUGGGAUGCAAUGCUACCCGCUGUGCUGUACACCUUAGCGCUGCUUACGAGUUGUUUAUGAAGAAUAUCCUCCAAAGUCAUGCCUCAGUAUCUUCGCUAGAACGGGCCAUGAUCGAGAACUUUUUGUUCAACUACAGCUUGACGAUUAUGUUCUGCGACGAUGCACAGAUUGAAAAACUCAUCCCCAGCCCGUUUGGCCUUUUCAGUACCCACUACCAACGCUUUUUUGAGCUUUGCCAGGACUACGAGGAUCCUGCUCUGAGCCGAUUAUCUAUCACCGCCUUUCAAAUUGCAGCGAAAGCCUCAUGGCUGUGUCGUCUCAGACUUCCACUAGCUGAUUCAGACAAACUACUACACUGUGAGCUCCUCCAGCUUGCAGAAACGUGCCUCCUUACUCUGGAGACACUCAGCGCCCCCACCGUGCAAAUUUUUGAUACCCUUACCGUGGCGAAAGUGGUGCUUCAUACGCUGAUGAUUCUACUUCGCAAAAUGCUUGAUCCUGGUUUGAGAGCCUCCAUUUUGCAGCCACUGAUAGACGCUCUAGUACGCCUUGUGGGGGAUUCGAACGAAUACGUGGUGAUUCCCAUCUGGUCGAGUUUCAUAGCAGCCAGUGCCGCUACUGCUGACAGUGAUCGGCGUUUUUUUAUUCACACUUUGCAGAAACUAGGUACUCGGUCUGGGCUGCAUCUUAUCAACAGGGCAAGCAGCUAUUUGGAGGGGCUCUGGGAGAUUUACGGUGGAGAUGAGCCGUUUGGCCUUCUUUUGGACACUAGGGCGUUGACCGCCGUUAGUCAUGAUUCUGGUCAGGAUGCUGCUUUAGGGUAG